CCGGGACAGGCCCCCGGCACAAACUUUCAUGGAAGCUUAAUGACCACGAGACUUCAAAUGUUGACUGAGCAAACAAGUGCAUGGACAGUGAACCUCGUCUAAUUGUCAAAGCUCCUAUAUCAGAUUGCCAUACUCAGCUAAAAGAAUGGCUGUCGCAGCGGCUGCCACGGCCCUCUACGAGCCAACAGCCGAAGGCAUCGCCGUGAUCACCAUCAACCGACCCACAGUCCGCAACGCAGUCAGCGCAGCCACAGCGCGCCUCCUCGCGGAAGCGUUCCAGAAGUUCGACAAGGACGACACACAGAAGGUGUGCGUCUUCACAGGCGCUGGCGGCCAGGCGUUCUGCGCCGGGUACGACCUCCACGAGGUCGCCGCGUCCUCCUCGGCCUCGACCUCCAACAUCGGCCCUGAUGGUUCCCCUCGCGUCAAGCAUGUGACCACGAGAAACCCAAGAGACCGACUAGAGGAUGUCAUCGGACCGAUGGGCCCGUCACGGAUGCUCACCUCCAAGCCAGUGAUAGCCGCGAUAUCGGGUCACGCCGUGGCCGGCGGCCUCGAGCUGUCCCUGCUCGCCGACAUGCGCGUCUGUGACACGACCGCGGUGCUGGGCGUGUUCUGCCGGCGGUUCGGCGUCCCCCUCAUCGACGGCGGGACCGUGCGGCUGCCUAAGAUUGUCGGCCUGGGCCGUGCGUUGGACAUGAUCCUGACUGGACGCCCUGUCGACGCGACGGAGGCGCUGGCGAUGGGGCUGGUGAGCCGCGUCGUCGAGAAGGGCAGGGCGGUGGAGGAGGCGAUGGCCCUGGCCAGGAGCUUGUUGGUGUUUCCUCAGGAGUGCAUGAACCUGGACAGGCGGUCGGCGUACUACAGCACCUUUGAGGCGUCGAGUCUCCGCGAUGCAUUGGGGUUCGAGUAUGACGCUGGUGUUCAGGUGGUAGCGAAGGAGAGCAUGCAGGGGGCAACAAGGUUUCACAAAGGGCAGGGCAGAGGCGGAUCGUUCAAGCAGGUCAAGGGCAAAUUGUGAUAUGUUCGGAGGUCCUGCACAUGUGGUGACCCUAGGUAUUCUCUUUCCACUGUUAUUGGCACUGUAUUCCUUCAAACGCUGGUUCUUGAGCGUUUACCACUGUA